AUGGCAUGGGUAAAAUUCUUACGGAAACCUGGUGGCAAUCUUGGAAAAGUUUAUCAACCUGGAAGUAUGCUGUCGCUAGCCCCUACCAAAGGAUUAUUAAAUGAACCAGGACAAAACAGCUGUUUUCUUAAUAGUGCUGUGCAGGUUUUAUGGCAAUUGGACAUAUUCCGACGAAGCUUGAGGAUUUUAACUGGACAUGUUUGUCAGGGAGAUGCCUGCAUAUUUUGUGCAUUGAAGACAAUAUUUGCACAGUUUCAACACAGUCGAGAAAAAGCACUUCCCUCGGAUAACAUAAGGCAUGCUCUUGCAGAAAGCUUCAAAGAUGAGCAGCGAUUUCAGCUUGGCCUUAUGGAUGAUGCUGCAGAGUGCUUUGAAAAUAUAUUGGAAAGGAUUCAUUUUCACAUAGUGCCAAGCAGAGAUGCAGACAUGUGUACUUCUAAGUCUUGUAUUACUCACCAGAAGUUUGCUAUGACUCUGUAUGAACAGUGUGUGUGUCGUAGCUGUGGAGCAUCAUCAGAUCCUCUACCGUUUACAGAAUUUGUGCGGUACAUUUCUACAACAGCCCUAUGCAAUGAAAUUGAUAGAAUGAUGGAAAGACAUGAACGCUUUAGGCCGGAAAUGUUUGCAGAAUUGCUACAAGCAGCAAAUACCACUGAUGACUAUAGAAAAUGUCCUAGUAACUGUGGCCAAAAAAUAAAAAUUCGUCGUGUUUUAAUGAAUUGCCCAGAGAUUGUUACAAUUGGUUUGGUCUGGGAUUCUGAGCAUUCUGACUUGACCGAAGAUGUUGUUCGGAAUCUGGCAACACAUCUUUAUCUUCCUGGGCUUUUUUAUAGGGUUACUGAUGAAAAUGCCAAAAAUAGUGAACUUCACCUUGUGGGUAUGAUCUGCUACACCAGCCGACAUUAUUGUGCCUUUGCUUUUCAUACCAAGAGUUCCAAGUGGGUAUUCUUUGAUGAUGCAAAUGUAAAAGAGGUUGGAACUAGAUGGAAAGAUGUGGUCUCCAAGUGCAGCCGAUGCCACUUCCAGCCACUGCUUUUGUUUUAUGCAAACCCAGAUGGCACAGCAGUUUCUACUGACGAUGCACUUAGGCAGGUCGUCCACUGGUCACAUUAUAAAUCCGUUGCAGAAAAUAUGGGAUGUGAAAAGCCCUCGAUUUAUAAGUCAGAUAAUUCAAAAGAAAAUGGAUUUGGUGAUCAGGUAAAACAGAGGGAAAAUCAGAAAUUUCAAACAGAUGAUACUUCAUCAUUUAAUCGGAGCCAUGUUCAAACAAGUGGAGGUAGAGGACCAGUUAAGUUAAGUCACAGUGAUCAAAGGGAAAAAAUAAAAGACAUUUCUAGAGAAUGUGCCCUGAAAGCCCUUGAACAGAAAAGUUUACUUUCCUCGCAAAGGAAAGAUUUGGAGAGGGAACAAAGAAAAGAUUUGGGCCAACACAGAGAUUUUGUUGAUGAAGACCUUUCUUAUUUCAAGUCUGGAUCACCUCCUAUCCAAAAUGGUUUUAGACAAUAUGGAAAUCCACAUCUGUAUAGUAGCCAAGGAAAAGGACCAAAUAAAUACGACCGAAUCGCCCAUCAGAGCCGAGCUUCUGCACAAAUGCUAAGUUCAAAUAAAUCCCAGAUUCUUCCUUCAGGAGAGAAAAUAAUUGGCAAAGUUAAGCGUGACAGUGGCACUGGAUAUGAUACAGACAGCAGCCAAGAUUCUAGGGAUAAAGGAAGCAGCUGUAAUAGCAGCAGUAAAAGCCGGAACCGAGGUUGGAAACCUAUGAGAGAAACAUUAAAUGUUGAUAGCAUUUUCAGUGAAAGUGAAAAAAGGCAGCAUAGUCCAAGACAUAAAUCAAAUAUCAGCAACAAACCUAAAUGUAGCAAAGAUCAGAGUUUUAACAAUUGGCCAAAAGAGAAUGCAAAGCAAAAAGGUUUAAUGACCAUAUAUGAAGAUGAAGUAAAGCAGGAACUAGGAAGCAGGAGUUCCCUUGAAUCUAAUGAAAAAGGAACAGAGAAAAAUAAAGGCCUCAGAGAGACUAAAGUUCACAGUGACACUUGGCAGAUGCAAAGGACCGAGUCUGGAUAUGAAAGCAGUGAUCAUAUCAGUAAUGGAUCUACUAAUUUGGACUCCCCUGUUAUUGAUGGAAAUGGUACAGUAGUGGAUAUCAGUGGUGUUAAAGAAGCAGUAUCCUUCAGUGACCAGAUUAAGUCAAGCAACCAAAAUAUAGAACAUGUGGACUGUAUUUCUCAUCAGAGCAAAAACCACUUGGAAGGUUUUAGAAAAGAACUCAAGAACUUGGAAAUAGGCAGUAAAUCUCAUGAGUUCCACCCAGAAUCACAUCUGCAAAUAAAAAGUUCUUUAAUGAGAAGGUCACAUACAAAUGAAACCAAUGGAAAGUUAUUUCCUUCAUCCAGUUCACAAAUACUCAAGGACCAUGCUGUAAGAGAGCAUACCCAUCAGUCAGGUGAACAGAAGCUUGAAAAAUCAAGUGCAUACAAAUUUUCUGAGUGGCUUAAUAAAGAAAAUUCUGAGAGAACAGGUUUGCCUUUUCACAUUGAUGACAAUUCUACGUCUGAAAACAGAGUGAAAACUAAUGAAAUAAUUUCACCAUCUCUCCUGCGGUCAUCACAAAUGAGAACUGUUGGGUUAAAGCCAGAAACUGCUUCCAUUGUGCAGCCACAAAAUAUCAUGGAACAAUGUUACUCUGAGAACUUUCUAUCCAGAGGACAUAUAAUUCAAUCAUUUUGCAGAUCUGAUGAUUGUCAGAUGCCAAAACUUGUUUGCCAGAAUCUACCACCCCCUUUGCCACCAAAGAAAUAUGCUACAACUAGUGUGCCUCAGUCAGAAAAAAAUGAAUCUAUACCUGAUGUUAAAGUUACAGAGAUGUUGAAAGCUAAUUCUUUGAGUCUACCAAGUACAUCUUCAGAACCAGGUAUAAAAGUGAAUACAUAUGUAAAUGAUGAAAGACUUAAGGAAACAUUUCAAGUGAAAGAGUGUGUUGGCAUCGUACCAGACUACCUAUCCAACUCUUCAACUAAUGGUUUUCAGGCAGACUCAGGUGCAGUUGUUGAUGCAUUUUGCCAACCAGAACUAGAUUCUAGUUUUCCAUGUCCAAGUGAGACAAUUUCAUUAACCACCUAUUUUUCAGUUGAUAGCUGUAUGACUGAUACAUACAGGCUGAAAUACCAUCAGAGGCCCAAGCUUUCUUUUCCAUAG